GUUGUUGUUUUUGGCGAAGAUUUUAGACAAAUUCUACCAAUAAUACCAAAAGGUACAGGGCCAGAAGUUGUUCAUGCUACUAUUAAUUCUUCGGUUCUUUGGAAUUUUUGUGAAGUUUUAACAUUGAGUAAAAACAUGAGGCUUCUCGGUGGUGCUUCGAGUGCAGACGUUGAACAAAAACGAUUGUUUUCUGAAUGGGUUUUGGGUGUUGGCGAUGGAGAAAUUGGAGAUGACAACGACGAUGAUUUAAAACUUGACAUUCCAUCAGAUUUAUUGAUUCCAAAUUCAGGUGAUCCUCUUGCUUUUAUCGUUGAAAGCACAUAUCCCCAACUUUUACAAAACAUGAACGAUAUAAUGUAUUUCCAAAAUAGAGCUAUACUAGCUCCUAAAAAUUUAAUAGUCGACAAAAUAAAUUAUUAUAUGUUGGAUUUAAUUCCUGGUGAAGAAAAAAUAUAUUUGAGUUAUGAUACUCCACUCACACAAAAUGUAGACGAUCAAACAGUGGAUGAUGUUCAUACUCCCGAAUUUUUUAACACGAUUUCUACAUCGGGACUUCCAAAUCACAAGUUGAGACUUAAAGUUGGAGUUCCAGUUAUGCUAUUAAGGAAUUUGAAUCAAAAAUUAGGAUUAUGCAAAGGAACAAGACUUAUUAUUACGAGAUUGGGAAAACGUGCUCUUGAAGGAAAAAUUAUUUCAGAAAGUAAUAUUGGUGAUCUGGUUUUCAUACCUAGAUUUUCUCUGACACCAUCUGACGUGAGAAUUCCUUUUAAAUUUCAACGGAGACAAUUUUCUAUAAUGAUUUAUUUUGCGAUGACUAUUAAUAAGAGUCAUGGACAAUUUUUAAAGCAUGUUGGGAUAUAUCUUUCGUCGCCAGUGUUUUCACAUUGUCAGUUGUAUGUUGCAAUUUCAAGAGUUACUUUUAGAAAAGGAUUAAAAAUAUUGAUCAUCGAUGACGACAGUGAAGAUACGACUAAGACUUCGAAUGUGAUCUAUAAGGAAGUCUUCCGU